AUGGUGGUGGAAAGAGAAGACUACAAAGAUCUGUCUUCUGGCCUUUCUUCUGUUCCACAGAUAGCAUUCAAUGCUUCCAAGAGGACAGACGUUCCCUUCCUUCCUGACAAAUCGACCCAUCUGCUCCGACAAAUACGAGAAUGGGCCAACAGUCGUGAUGAAAAACACAUCUUCUGGCUAUCUGGUGGACCAGAGAGUGAGAAGACUUUAAUUUCUCGCAUAGUUGCCCGGGAAUUCCACGAUAAAGGAUGUCUAGCAGCGAGUUUCUUCUUUUCUAGUGGCGACAUUGAUGCGGGCCACCUUGGCAAAUUCGUUACUAGCAUUGCAUUCCAGCUGACUGAAUACUCCGCCGCUCUCAAAGAUUCCAUCAAUGAAUGUAUUAUGGAGGAGGAUGACAUUUCGAGGAAGGAUUGGCGCCAUCAAUGGGGAAGGCUUAUCAGUGGUGGAUUAUAUCGCUCGGUAACAAACUUGAACUCUCAUCAACCGCUGAUUAUCAUCAUUGACGCCCUGGAUGAGUACGAAGUGGGAGACCAUGAUAUUCGAGAACUGCUUAGCUAUAUAAGCAGUACAAGUAGCACGCUACACCGGGAGGCUGUGCGUCUGCGAUUCUUCAUUACCACUGGCAGCCGACCGUCGAAUCGAAUACAAGCAGCAUUCGACAAAAUAAGUGUGACCCAAUAUGACAGUUUCGCCCUUGACGACGACUUCAUGGAAAUAGUGCCUUACGAAGGACAACUGCCUCUACCGCUGGAUAAUACAAACCCCGCUGAGCCACGAACAGAAGCACUCACAUUGAUACUGAGGAAUUGCACCAAAUACUGUCACUAUGAAGAAGAGAGAGCUGUGCUUGACUCCACACUGCGAGAAGUCCUGAGUACUAGUCUUGUUCUCUUCGCUCCACUUCCAAUUUUUGCCUUGGCUGAAACAAUUGAAAAGCCCAGAAGCAGCAUAGAAAAUAUUCUCUCCAACCUCCGUCCACUCGGUCUUUCACUCAGCGACUUUCUUAAUAUACAGAGCUGGAAUGAUCUGGGGUUACGAGUUGAUGAGAAAGAGGCACAUGGUCUUCUAGCAGGGAGGUGUAUACAGCUCAUGGUCAGCAAACUCAAGAAAAGUCUCUGUGAUCUGGAUACUACAUCUGCGGGUCUGGUGUAUCGCAACGGGUUGGAGGAUUACAUACCAGCAGAACUAAGAUAUGCAUGUUGCUACUGGAUUCAGCAUCUCUACCAGAGCAACUUUCGGGACAAAAGUGGCCAGAUUUUCUACUUCUUGCAUAGACACUUCCUCCAUUGGUUCGAGGCUCUUGCUUUGUUACAGAAGACCCGUGAUGGAAUUCAUGCAAUAAAUUUGCUGGAAAGCAUGACUGAAGUAUUUCAAGACUUAUGUACCUUCAUCUGCUAUAUGAAAAAAUUCGCCCUCCGUUACCAUUCCAUUGCUGAGAAGGAUCCUCUGCAAAUCUACACCUCAACGAUCACUGUCCAUCACGAGAAGAGCAGAGUGCAGAGGCUUUUCAAGGAUCAAGUCCCCAAGUGGAUCUGUCUAUCCACAAAUGCCCGAAACGAAUGGAACUCAAUGCUGUAUCAGCUGGAAGGCCAUUCUGACGCCAUUGUUGAUUUCGCUUUUUGUUGUGAUGGCCUCAUGGAAUCUUUCUAUUUCGGAAGAGCUGCGCGUUUUUUGAGAAACCCGUCCUCUUUCGAUAAACCGCCGUUCCCUUCUGGAAAAAUGACGUUGGCUGUUUCGGCUGACGGCACCAAGCUGGUAUCGCCGAUGUUUAAAAUUGUGCAACUGGACACUGUUGUCUGUCAGAUAGAGCAAGAAUACAGUUUUCAAGGAGAAAGAGUAGCGCUUUCACCAGAUGGCAGCCAGACAGCAUCGACAGACAAGUCAAACCUCGUCCUAAUCUGGGAGAGCGACACAGGCCAUGUGCAGCAAAUUCUCGAUGGCACUUCGCCUCGAUCGCAUGUCUCGACCAAGGUCUGUGAUUGUGAUUCCGAUUGGCAAACUGGUCUUCUGCAAUGGGUCAGUGCAGGGCUAGUGCAGAUUCUCGGCUCUCAUAUCUCGGUAGCUGUCUCAGGUGACGGUAUUAAGCUAGCAGGGGCAGGUUGUCGUUUCCCGAGAGGGUAUUUUCCGAUAAAUGGUCAAUACGGCCAAAGCUCUGGCUUAAUCCGACUCUGGAAUCCCAACGCAGGCCAAAUCAAGCAAACCUUCAACUUUGACACCACCGAAAUGCUAGAUGACAGUGGAGAGGAUUCGGAGUUACCCUAUGCCAUCAAAAUCUGGGAUAUUAGCACCGGCGAAGUAAAGCGAAUCUUUCACUAUAACUAUAAAUUCUAUCCCGUUUUGGCUUUUUCGCCUGACUGUAGCAGUCUGGCGAUCGCAUUGGGCUCCCACAUCCGAAUUUAUGACCUCAACAAUGGGCAAAUGGAGGAGGUCUUUGGUGGCCAUUCUAGCACAGCUAGUCGCAUCUCAACCAUGAAGUUCUCACCGGAUGGCAGCAAAUUGAUAUCAGGAUCAGAAGAUACAAUCAUUCGUGUGUGGGAGGUUGGCGUCCAGCAAAAGAGCAAAUCCCGGCCCCAUUCGUCAAUCUUGACAGCGUUGCGACAGUGGACCUCUCAGGGAGACCUGAUGAAACCAAUUAUGAUAGAUCUUCCAGCUAAUUAG